GUAAAUCCGCACCGCCCAGACGGCACAAAAACUUUGGAAAGUCCUGGCAUCGUCACAUUGCUGAAUGCAGCCACAUCCUGGCACGUGGAUUAUAAAUCAUUCUUAAUUCAAGAAAGCCACCUUCUAAAAAGCCAUUGCCACUCCGCCGCCAGACAAGGACACAUCAGCCGAGCGCCUCCACGUCCCAGAGACCGAGAUUCAGCUUUAACCUACACCUGAACCUAAAAGGACAAUAAGAGAUGGAGGGUUGCGUGACGUGGUCUAUCCUGCUUCUGUGCAUCACUGUUGCAGCUUCUGCCCCAAGUCAGACAUGCGACCCCAAGGAGUCUAAAGAUGACCCGUGGGUGUACAUGAGUGAGAAGUCCACUGGCUGCUGGACCAGCUUUGUAAGGGACGACAAGGCAGAGGUCCACAUCCUUAAACUGAACUUUCCUGACCCGACCAAAAAUUUUUUUGAACUCACGAUGAAAAACGCAAGGCCGAUGAACCUCAUCGUCACGUCUACAGACACAUGUUACGGUUUAAACAACAUCAGUGCGGACGUCAACAUUUAUAUAAAUGUUAACUCCUCAAUUAAGCUUUUCGAUAAUGGACAGAACAACACCCACAAGGAAGCCUUCCCCACUCAAGAUGCAGAGUUGAUCGAGUGGGCGAAAAGAAGAUUUGGGGGCGUGACUUCAUUCACCACCAUUAAAAACCUGAAUAAAAUCUCGAUAGCAGGAGCACAAGGGAUCAACCUUGGGUCCCCCCCUGACUGCAAGCUCAGGAUCGAAGACGCAUCGGAGAAGCACUUUAUGCAGAUUGCAGUGUCACCUUCGAUUAAAUCUUGCUCCCUGCAGCAGGGGAGAUCCAGUGACGACCCUGAACUCCACAUCAUAAACAUCCCAGAGAAUUCCAGCAUUCGCAAUGUGACAGUUCGCGUGGAACCGGAGAAGGCCAGUGUGUUCCUGAGAGGGCCUCAGGGCACCACAUGGACAAUCAUCAGUUCACACUUCGUCAAGAUUGUUUCCAACAACAACAUCCAGUUGACCCUCUUCCCAAACCAAAUACCACCAGGAAUUACAAUGAACAGUGACAACGCACAUGAAGUGCAAAGGAAAGCUUUGGAAUAUUUUCCUGCCAGCACUUUCAUCAGCUAUUCUGAGCCGAUAUCACAGAUGUCCGCAGUUCAUCUGGUUCUUGGAAGGAGAGACGGCACUCCAGGGACUUUGCUCACAGAACCUCCCACCACAACCAGAUCCCCUCCUCAGAUGCCUCUGGUGAUGCAGCUGUACACCUCCCCGGACUACCGCUCACCCCUGGACCCCAGCACCAAGGUGCAGAGCGACAAGCGGAUUUACGCAGAGAUUUCGGGGGACAUUAUAGGGGACAUCGAGUUGACUAUCAAGGUGAUCAACUGCUUCGUGCACUCCAAGGGCUCAUGCCCCAUAGUCAGAGAGCUUCCCUUCAUUCCAGAGAUCUGCUCCUCAAAUUCAUGUCCCAAAAGCACCCGACUCAGCUUCUCUUUAGAUCAUCUCCAAGAGCUGACAACCACCACGUGGGACCUCGAGUGCUCCGUCCAACUUUGCCACAGUGAGAAUUGCGGAGAAGGUGGAAGAGUGAAGAGGAACCUGGAGGUCACUCAGCCGUGUCUGCAACCACCAACUCCGCCGUGCUUUGAUUUUGGCCUACCUGGUGUUCUGGGCAUUGCUUUUGGAGGGUUCCUGAUUGGAGUAUUACUUAUUGGAGCACUGUGGUUUAUCAAAAUUAAAACAGGGUACCCAACUGGACUGGACAUGAGAUCAACUGCAGCCAGUCUUCCCGGGUGUCCAUGCUCACGAGCUAAGCGACAACCUGUUUCCACCAACCCCUCCCCUUCUGAGAACAGCAGCGCCAACGCUAGCAUUGGAAGCACCCAAAGCACACCGACCAGCAGCAUGGCAUGAGAUUAGGAUAUCUUCCACCACCAUGGCCACCAUCUCCCUAUAAAGUCACCUAUAUGGGUUUUGUGCUUUCUUUAUUAAGGCUCAAACAGCAGCUCCCCCCGCCCCUUUCCCCGUUGAAAUUCUUAUUCAAAAAGCACAACCCAUGUCUUCGACAUACCACGUCUGAAAUGGAUGUGAUUUGGGAGUUUGUAAUUGGGAGGUCUGGAUGACAGGAAACCAAAGUCUUAUCAGUGGCUUCUGAUGCUCACCGUUGCAGCCUCUCUAUAAAGUCAAGCUCUUAGAAAGGAAGUUAAAGAGGGCAAGAGAAAGGGAAAAAAAAAUUAAAAAGAAAAUAGGCUCCCAGCAACAGGAAAAACAAACCAUAUCCCCCAAGAGCUAACAGGAAAUUCACUGCAUUCCUUUCAAUGAAUUGUGCUUGCGUGAUGGCAGCACAAUAGUUAGACAGGAGACAAACCAGUCAAAAGACCGACUUUGAAAAGCAGAUGAAAAGCUGUUUUCGCAUUUUAACAUCUAAGCUGCAAAAACAUGAAGGGCCUUUGGCUAGGUCAGUCCAAAAACCUGUGAACAACAUCUUGGGGACUGAAAAAAAGAUGUCCAUGCUAGGAUCUCAAACCAGUCAACGAAAUGCUUACUUCAAGAGGUCUUAAUUGGAGUUUGAGGUUAAUUGUUAACAGCUACCUCCUAUUAUUGUUUGGAAGUCUGGAGCUAAGCUAGAUUUCUCUUUUGAAAUUACCUUUUUGUGUUUUUCUUCUCUCUCUCUCUUUUUUUUUAAAUUCUGUGUCACUUUAGGUUAAUCUUUUAUUGACCCUCUGGGUCUUUGAUAGCUCACGAAACACAAAAGUUAUGGUGCAAUUUUCAUGCUAUUCAGUAUGUGUGUCCCAGUGUCCUGUGUUUAUUGCAAAUCACAAAGAAAUGUGCUUCAUUUACCAACUACAACAAAGCCAAUCUAACAUUAUUUAUGGCCCAAAGGUAGCAAUAAAUUAUGAGCCAUUAAGAAAAAACACUUUAUGCGAGUUCAUCAUCACUUUUGUAAUGUGCAGUGCCACAUGCAGAGAUGUAUGGCUGUAUUCAGAGCUGAGUAAUGAGCCCACAGCGAGGAGCUUGUACCAAAACUCUGCACAUCCGUUUUCAGACUUAUAAAUGGACUUAAGCUCCACUCAUACAGUGAAGACCACAGGGUGGAGUUUCCCAAAAAUAGUCUAUCCAGAGGUUGAAUUCCAGUACUUUUCCUUUUGCACAAUACCCAUUCUCACUAGGGCUACUUUUAAGUCCUUCACCAGUGCCUUACAGUUUGCUAUAAUCAUGAUCUACCAUAAAUUUAAGACUUGUGGAAACAAAAAUAUUGCACCGAAGUGUUAUCAGGCUGUACAGCUAGAUUGUUUAUGGUAUACAGUAUAUAGUAAUUACGUCUGGAGAUCAAUACUUGAAAUUCGUGAUUCAUGUAGCUAGUCACUAAGAUGGCUCCGUCUCCCCAAUUUGUGAAUUGAUUGUUUUGGAUAAAUAACGAUAGAACACAUUGAGGAAAGGUUAACUGAGAAGGUUCGGAUGGAGCUGUCGUAGGAGGUUCAGAUGCAAAUAUUUGUACGUCUUCGCUGAAAUUUCGGCUAAAGUUUCAAAAAUUAACCUGCCUGGCAAAAGAGACAAGUAUAAAUGACAUGUACCCACGCAGGCUACAUGCAUAGAUUACACCAUCUAUGUCCCACAGAGGCAUAAACCUCCAAAGUUUUAUUCUUAGUUUAAUGAGUAUUUCUUAAGGGAAUUAUAUCUGUGAAAUUAAAAACACAGGAGUGUUUUACAUUAAACGGGCUAGAAUGUAUCCAUAUCCAAAUCCUGAAAAUGAAUCUACCUCCAUUUAGUUUUUGAAGGUUUUAAGUCAGCUCUGAAUACAGCCCCACUGUAUUGGACCUACUAGUACUGUUACUUUUGAUUAUUCUGUGCUUUGUACAGCAUGAACAGCCACAGCCCACGUAGUUGUGCUUUUACUCCAUCAAGAUGUUUUUAAAAAUUCCAAUCAGGCUUUUUCAUUUUCCAUUUGUCACACGACAUGUAUAAUCACAUGGAAAUGCAUUUUUAAAAAAAGAAAAAAGAGAGAUCUGUUUAUUUGAAAUUGAGAAGUCAACUUCUGCUUUCCACAUUUGAUAGGCUGCAUCAGCCGUGGCAGUGCUAAUGCUAGACAUAAGCUGCAUCGUUGCAUAAUGGGGACUUCCAGUAGGGCUACAACCGCAGAGUGACGGUUGAUCCGUGAACCCACUUUUGUAUUUCACUGUACAAAAUGUAAAUGUUUAAUAUUGUUAUUGCCGCUCUUUUUUUUUUUCUCCUUUAUUACCUCUUUAAAGAAAUACUCCCACAGCAUCACACAUCAGGUCUUGUGGUCCAAGUAAGCAACUACAAAGAGAUCAGUUUGUAUGUACUAAACAUAGCAUCGACAUAAAACCUCUCUUUAUAUACUCGUGAUACUUUUCCAUAUAUAUAUAGAUAUGUAUAUUCACAUUUCAAAUAGUUAUUCACCUCCUCAUUUGGAUUUUUAAAAUAAUUUAAGACUUAAUCUCCAAAGUGUUCCAAACCAUUUGCAUUUGUGUUCUCGCUGUACGCGAGCCAUGUAGCGCAUUCCCGUCCUUUUUUUCCCCACUUCUUUUCUUGUGGAGACAGAUCCACGAGGGCCAGUACAAAUAGCCACUUGAGUGUUUGUGCAAUAUGAUGAGGUAAACUUGUAUGUAAUGUCUAUGUCAUUUUUAGCUUUUUUUUUUUUUUUUUGGAACUGUUGUAUGAUAUUCUUAACUUUGAACCAUGUCUUAACCUGAUUUGUUCUUUUAUGUAUUUGAAGAACUGGGACAAUUCCUGACUGAGGCACUUAAUCGAAUGCACAACGUUUUUGUAUAGUGAUUUUGUUUUCAGCUCUCAUACAGGUUUAAGUUUCGGUUACGGCGCGUGACACCUCGUGUCAGAAAGCAGUACAUUUGGUUUUAUCGGUUUUGCCGUUUGACUUUUGCCCUCAGCUGAAGAUUCCCCUGCAGACCAUAAAAAAAGAAACAAAAAAAAAACAAGGCAUAUCUCCAUGAACUGACAUCCUGACAUUGUAUUGUGUUCAUUGUACCAUCUUCAGUGGGUGUGAUGGGGAAGUGCAUUCUGAAUUCUGAAGACAGGAUGUCUCGCACAGUAGCAUCCCAGUGAAACAUUCAACACUCUUGCAGUUAUCUGAAUACAUUCCCUACUUAAAAGAAUAAAAAUGAAGCAAUUAGUGGAAACUUUUGGUUUAAUUUCAGGCUGCGGGUGCAGUAUUGGAUGUAUUCUUCGUUUUGUUAUAUAUAUUUAUAUAUAUACACAUAAAUGUCAGGUAUUCUGCACCUGUGUUAAGCCAGCCACCGUGACUGUCUGAGCACUGACAGUAAAAUAAGACAGGCUGUCAGUUAAUCCACUUGUUAACCCUGCGGAUCUGUUCGUUACCUCUGACAACACCUUCCUCCUCCAUAGACUCUCUACAAAAUACGUGUGUCUGACCGUGCGUAAUCUGUGUGUCGAGUGUGUGUGUGUUUUCCGUGAGCGUACAAUAGGAGCCGCGUUUAUGUGAGCAGAUUCUUCCUCCAGGCUCUGUGUCCAAAAUUCUGCAUUUGACCAAUAACUCAGAAGUGGUAACAACAUGUCAAAGUGUCUGCUUUUGUUUUCCCUUAAGUAUACGAUGUUUGUGCCAGGGUGGGAAGCCUUUUACCACUCAAAAUACCCCCCCUCCAAAUGUUGAGAUACUCAACUCAUGCAUUUCUAUUUUGUCUCAGAGAAAUAUAAGUUUUGUCUAAAAUUAUCUCGAAAGAAUAAAGAUAAAUUUCAAAUAA